AUGUACGGCGUGAUGGAAGGACAAUUCCGCAAGUACAUGUCAGAUGCUUUCGACGCUCCGGGAAUCUCAGGUAACAACCUGCUUAGAACUUUGGAACGCCGCCUUGACAACAUCAUCUUCCUCCUGGGAUUUGCCGAUUCGCGCAAACAAGCCCGCCAGAUGGUUCAGCACGGACAUUUCGCCGUCAAUGGGCGCAAAACCGACAUACCUUCUUUCCUGGUUACGCCCGGACAAACCAUCGCCUGGACCCAAUCGUCCAAGAGACGCGACUUCUUCGCCGACCGUACCGAAGGUUUGCCAAAACGGACCCUCCCUUCCUGGCUCACGCUGGACCUGACGGAAAUGGUCGGCCAGAUCACCUCGUUACCCGCCGAUAACGAGCUGCCCGAUACCAUUAACUCUCGCCUCAUCGUAGAGUACUACUCGAGGUAA